AUGGCGGGCGACAAUGGGCUGAGGCUACUUGGAGCCAAGAACUUGCCGGAGAAGAAGCAGAAACAUGUUCUCCCAAAGGUCUUGGACACGGAAAGUCGGCCAGGAACGUGGAGGGCUCGAGGUAAGUCCCUUACGGCAAUCCUGUGCCUUUGGGCCUUCGCGCCGUUCCUCACGCUUCUGGCCAUCAUCUCCUGGAUACGGCACAAGCUGUGGGGUGGAACCUUUGAGAAGGGGGGUUCUGCGAAGAAGCCACUGCGAAUUUUGGUUACAGGAGGCAAGAUGUCAAAGGCCUCGGCAGUGGCGCGAGCUGUAGGUCGUGAAGGCCACACAGUCUUCACGGCUGAGAUCUCCCCGUACCAGCUUUGCCAUACACGCUUCUGCACUUAUGUGUCCAAGCAUUACGUGCUGCCACGACCGACAAACCAUCCAAAAGAAUGGGAGGCCACCAUCCAGAGAAUCGUCAAGGAGCAGAGCAUCGACCUCAUCAUUCCUUGCACUGCUCCUGUGGAAAGCACGGCUUACGCACACUUGAAGCAGAAGCUGCCCUCGAACGUCCGCGUCUUUGCCUUCGAUGGUCCAACCAGUGAUGAGCUGGACAACAAGUUCACCUUCAACCAGGUGCUCGAGAAUGCCGGACUUCCUUGCCCCCAGACCGCGCAAAUGACCUGCCUAGAUGAUGCUCUCAGGUUCUUCGAGACACUUCAGCCCAAUGGCAAGAAGUUCAUUGUUAAGCCGGCCGUCUACGACCCAAAAGCCCGCACAGAGAUUCUCUUCUUGCCUAUUGAAGACAAAGAGCGGCAGUGGAAGUACCUCGCGUCCAGGAACGCAACCAAGGAAGUCCCCUACGUCAUUCAAGAGGUCUUGCAAGAGCCGGAGUACGGCUGCUAUGCCUUCUACAAUCAGGGUCAUCUUACGGGCUUUGAGCUCUUUGAGUCUGCAGCCUCGUGCCUCGUGUACCGUCAGCUCCAGAAGCAGUACGAAGAGGUCCGAGAUCUGUGCAAAGGCUUGGGGAAGAGCAUGAACCUUACGGGGCAGCUUACGCUGGAUUUGAUGCACACUGCCCAUGGACAGCUGGUGCCCAUCGAGUGCAAUCCUCGCAUCCACAGUGCGGUGUGCACGCUGGAGGGCCACAGGAACCUCGCGGCUGCUUUCGCUGAUGCCAACUUCAUUCCGGAGAGCGAUGCGGAGAUCGUGACAUCCAAGCCCGAGACAUUUCGCUACUGGAUCAUGGACCAGAUGUUUCUCUUGGCCGGGUUUUGGAAACCAAAGAACUGCUUCAAGCUCAGCGUGCUGCAGAUGCUCAAGGGCGGCGACGCCUUGCUUUCUGGGGAUGAUCCCCUGCCCUUCCUCGCCAUGUACUUGAUUCAAAUCCCUUCCCUGCUCGCGCUGGAGAUCAUUCGUGGAACAGACUGGCUAAAGAUCGACUUCUGCAUUGGCAAGAUUGUGAAGGAAGGUGGUGACUAG